AUGGAUGAAGAUUUUAGGGGUUAUUUGAAGGAUUACAUCAAUAUCCUAGUCAGAUCAGCUGGACAUCAUCUAAAGAUGGACCAGAAUGGGAUUACACUCACAGGAGCACAGUUUGCAGACAAGAUAAAGCAUUUCACAGCCCGUGUGAAGCAACUGAAAUUUGGUUUCGCCUCAGUUCCACAGAUGGCCUACACCAUAAACAACCUGGGGAUCAAGGAGGAACUAGAGAAGAAGUUUUCAGAGUUCAUCAAGGACCAGAAAAAGCUCUCAGGUUUCCCAAAGACUUUAACAAUUAAACCUAGCACCAUGGAAGAACGUCUCCAGGAGAAGACAAAGGAGCUGCUUCAAGAAUAUGAAGAUUCAAAGCAGGGUGACGAGUCAAGUUCAAAAGAUUGCAAAUCGUUGCUGAAGUGCCACUUAAAUGAUGAAACUAAGGAUUUCCUGAAAAAAUAUAAAGUCAAAUAUUAUGCCACAGCUGGGGUUCUCAUUGGGACAGGUUCUGUUGUAUUGGCAUCUGGUGCCAUUGGGGCUGGAGUGGUGGGUGCCCUUGUGGCUGCAGAAGCCGUUGCCUUGGGCACUGGUGCAGCCAUUGCAGGUGGAGCGACAGGUGGCCUUGCAAUAGCUGGGGGCACAGUGGGACAUGUGAUAGGGCGCCUUAAAGGUGAGCGUAGUGCCCAGCAGGCCCAGAAUAUGACUGAUCAUGAUACAUUUGAAGAAGAGGAAGAGGAGGAUCUUUCAGAAGAAGCAUGUCUCAUUGGCAGAAGUGCAAAGCUAAGGGUUGACUAAUAUGCAGUCCUGGGAUCUUUCCGUAGAGCUGAGUGCUAAAUUACAGGAUAAUACCUUAACCAGCAUCCUGCUUCUAUUUCCAUAAAGAGAAAGAUCUCAGGAAUGAGAGCCAUGUGAUUUGUCUUCCGUUUCCUCUUAUUGUUUUUUUUUUUUUUUUUUUUAAGAAUAAAUUUAUAGACUGCCCCAAACUCCAUUAUCUGGGCAGUUUACAACAUAAAGCGGAAUAAAAAUGAAAACCUUAAAAACAAUUAAAAAGCCACAAUCCAGUUAAAAAGCUUGGGUGGGGGGGGAGUCUUUGGAGACAUUUUAAAAGUUGUCAGAGAUGAGGAGGCUCUCAUUUCAACAGGGAGUGCAUUCCAGAGUCUCGGGGCAGCAACAGAGAAGGCCCAACCCUGAGUAGACACCAGAAAGCUGGUUGCAACUGCAGAUGAAUCUCUCCAGAUGAAAGAGUAGUGGUUUCCUUUGUGAUCCUUUCAGCAUCCUUUUUUCCAAGCUGCAGAUAACUUGGAAAAGAAUAUAUCAGGUUGCAAUGCACAGUCUUUGGAACAACUAUCCUGAGUAACUAAGCAGAGUAGGUUAGGGUGAGGGUGAGAGUGGAGGGAAUGAAGAAUUAAGAUCUUUUCUAUUUUUUUCUGAUCUACCCGUAAAACCAACACAAGUUAGGGAGUGAGAAACUGUAACUUCCUUAUAACUGUGCAUCCCAUUCUGAGAUAAAGAAUAGUGAUCCAGCAGAAAGUAAUGCAUUAUGAGCCUAUGUUCUCUUAUAGAGUUAUUCUUCAAUAAGUGAUUCCUACCUUCAUCCUCUGCAGAAAACACAUGUAGUGUGGAGAACUAAUUUUUAAUGGGAUUCAGCUUCACCUUCUCCUCCUUUACCAUGCGCUAUAGAAUGCCAAUGCUGCUCACAUAUUAUGAAUUUUCAGGACCACUUUGAUUCAGUUUCUUGUUGGGUGUGUAUUUUAGGGCAAUAGAGGGACACAAUUCUGUAUCCUAUGGGACUGCAGCUAGGCCUGCUGGGAAAUUUACAUCACCUCAUGCCAGUAAAGCCUCUCAUAUCUUCAAGAAGCCUUUCCUCACAUCCUUAGUCAUCUGUUUUGCUGUGUUACUACUUUAAAAGCCUACUGUUUUAUAUACAAAUUGUUUGACUUGUAUGGUGCUCUGUUACUUAUUUCUAUUUACCCAUACUUUCAUUGAUUGUCUUUCAGUAAAUUCAUUUGUUAACCUCC